CCGGUACCAGCUGGUACCGCGGGCGCCUCGUCCUCCUCUGGACUUCAUUCGCCGCUGCCUCUAGAACCGGGACAUGGAACUGAAAUCCAAGAAGCAACCUGCGGACGUUCUGCUCGGAUGCAUCGUCGCCUUCUGCUUUUCCACGCCGUGCUGGGCUCAGAGACUCUGCACGGUGCCGCCCGGCCCGGUAACCAUCCCUGAAAACAACACGGCCGACAUCCAGGUGGUGAAGAUCAUCUCCAGCAGCGAUGCGACUCUGAGCGUCUCGGUGAACCCGGAGGAUCUGUUCUACGUCAAAGGCAACGUCCUGAUGGUGAAGAAAGGCCUGGAUUACGAGUCCCUUUCCAGUCCCACUCUGGUGGUUUGGGUGAAGUGCAGCAAAGCCGGCUCCAGUUCUGUGAACGAGUCUGUGGAGGUUCUGGUGGAAAACGUGAACGAUAAUCCUCCGAACUUCGCCCAGAACCACUACGUUCUGGACGUGAACGAGCUCGCUCCAGUGAACUCCAGCGUCGGACUCAUAGAAGCAACGGAUGUUGAUUCAGAGCCGCUUUAUUAUCGCUUAGAGUCUGCAACUACACAAAUUUCUCAGGAGAAAUAUUUCCGUCUGGAGAACAUCAACACACCAAAGAUCCUUGUGAAAAGCCUCCUGGACUACGAUGUGGUGCAGAAGAUCUCUCUGGUGUUGCACGUUCAGGUACAGGAAGGACGUUCGUCUGUUUUUCUUUUGGUUUGCUCCCUGACGUUUAUCUUCCACUCCCAGGACACGUUCAACGGUUCGGCCUCCAACGAGCCGUUCUUCACCUCCGUGGCCACGAUCACGGUCCAGGUGAGGGACGUGGAUAACCGGCCGCCCUGGUUCCAGCCGUGUCUCAGGACAAGCUUAGGACUGGCCAAGCUUUGCGUCAGCGGCGGCUACAGAGGCAAAGUCAACCUGACCGAGAAGGAAGAAGGCCCGUUGGUUCUGGAGCCCGGCCCGGUUUUCGCCAGAGAUGGAGACAGGAACCGCAGCGAGCCGAUCAGCUACAGGAUGUUACGAGGGAAUGAAGGGAAUAUAUUCCAAAUUGAUGAAGACACAGGGAACAUUACAAUGACCAAAGCUGCAGAUAUCGUUGGCCCAAUCAUUCUGACAAUCCUGGCUUCGCAGGUGAACAACAGGGAUCAGUUUGCAGUGACUCAGGUGACCAUAGAGGUGAUGAAGAAGAGCAGGAACCCUCCGCGCUUUGAGAAAGAGCGAUUCGAGGGAUUCAUCUACAGCAACUCCAUCCCAGAGAGCAUGAUACUCCGAGACCGGACCACCAACAGACCCUUCAGGGUCCGAGCCCGCGACGAAGACUUCGCAAGUGGUCUGAACCCGGACAUGAAGUAUGAGGUUCAGUACAGCAGCUACGUCAACGUGACUCCCGACGGCUUCGUGAUCCUGAAGAGAGUGGUGAAGACGGAGUCCUUCGCCCUUCAGCUCAGAGCCGUGGAUUCGGUCACAGGAGAGUUUGGGACUGCAGCGCUCUCUGUUCAAGUCAUACCUGCCGUGGCCGUCCCGUCUCCGUCGAACAUCGGCUAUCGGCCCGGCGACAUGGCGCUGCUCGGUCUCAUCAUGGCGGCUCUCCUGGUUCUCUCCCUCAUCGUGAUUGGCUUCUUGAUUUCCCGCCUGUGGAAGGAAAACACGAGUCUCGAGAAAAUUUGUGAGUGCCUGGGUCCCUGCCUGCGGUCCGACCGGCCUCGGUCCGGCCACAGAGACUCCCUCCAGUUCACCAACGACGGAUUCCAGAACGAGGCCGACCCGAGCCGAGGCAAACGCUGGAACAACGUGCUGCCCCGGCGCAGCACCUUCCCCCAGCCCCGGAGCCGCAUCCUGCCCCUGGAGAGGCGGAGCCGCCACUGCUCCACCUGUGGCGUCUACGCCAACCACGUCACCAAGGGGAGCCCAUCGGUGCGGAGGAGCAGGAGCGACGGCGACGAGUACGGCAUGAGGUCCAUCCUGUCCAAGCAGCGCCGCAAGGAGGGGCAGAAGACGGUGUGGUUCAAGGAGAGCGAGGACUCCUCGGACAUCGAAGUGGAGAUCAUCCCCGACUCGGUGGGCCGGGUGGAGGAGGAGACAGAGGAGGAGCUGGAGGUGGAGAUGGAGGGGGUGGUGAGAGACCCCGCCGCCCCGCUCAGAGACCCGGAGACGGAGCGGGAGAACCAGAGCGACGAGCCGGAUCCGGGAGACGGCUCGGAGGAGAAGGAGCAGGAGCGCUGAGGUCAGAGGUCAGACUGAGCUGAACGUUGCUGGUUUUAUGAUACAGUUCAGACUCUGGUCCAGCAGUUCCAGGAUGGCGUUCCCAGGAUUCCCUGAGCUGCUUCCAAACAGGAACCCACAGAUCGGAGCAGCUUUUAUCCGGAGGUCCGGAAACGUGGCGUCACCGACCGGGACCAGAAACUCUCGUUGGCGAGUUCAAGAUAACCUGGGACGCCCGUUUCCUCAAAGUGUUGGGAGACAAUUUUUAUAAUAAAAGACAAAACAAAAAAAAAAAAAAAGGAGUUGAAGGAUUUA